CUUACAGCUGGCCAACACAGAUGAGUAAAAUGAACAACUCGAAUUAUAGCAAUCAAAACCUUAUUUUUCAUAUUAAGGUUUUUCAUAUUUGACGGGACAGUACUGGUUUUAAGAAGACCAAAAGGUGGUCGUUGCAGAGUGGUAAUGUGUCACUUUUACAGACUUUAACAGACGAAGUUAGUAUACAUGACUUAAAAUGCUAUUACCAGCAAUUUUAAUGAGACGCUGUAAACUCGAAACCUAUUCGUUGUGCUGUGAAGCAAUUGUGCGUUUCGUCGAUUUCACUAGUCUCACUUGCCCUUACGUAUGACUGACGUCAGCAGAUUUGCAGCGCUGAUUGGCUCACGUGAGGCGUUGUAGCAAAGAGUUCGUUCAUUGGUCAUCAUUAAUUGCAAAGAAAAUAGCCGAAAGAAACAUCAAUUUAUUUUGUAUGCCGCUUGUCCUCACUAUAUGGAUAUGCUGGAGCUUAUGCCAGCUGACUUCGAGCGACAGGCGGAGUACACUCUGGACUGCUCGAAGCAUGUAAAUAAUCUCAUAUCCAUGUUGUUUAUUUGUGGGAGCAUUGGUCAAAGCAUUGUAACAGUAAAUGAUUAACGUCAUUAGUCCUAGCGCUCGCACUUGUGCAAACAAUGGAGGAAACAGCCAAUCCUGCUGUUUUUAUAGACGAUAUUUUGUAAAAUGGUUGCUUAAAGGGGACAGCAUUCUGCCUUCUGGUUCCAUCCUUGUACAAGCCCUUACCUGGAUGGGCUAGCUGCUAGAUUAAAUCAUUUCUGCACUUUGGGAGUUGACCAUUAACUUGAGCAGAUUACAAACAGCCCUCAGUUGUAAGCAGCUGCUGUUGCUUCACUUUGCAUCCUGAAGCAAAGUUCACUGACAGCAGGCGGAGGUCUGCUGAUCUCCCUUCUCUUUUUUAUAUUGUGGGAAUAUAUACAAAUCAGCAGUCAUGGCUAGAGCAAGCUAUGGAUACUAUCGGGCCACUAUAUUUUUGGCCAUGUUUGUUGGCUAUGCCCUUUACUACUUCAAUAGGAAGACAUUCUCUUUUGUGAUGCCUUCACUGAUGGAAGAAAUUGAUCUGGACAAGGAUGACCUGGGCAUGAUUACCAGCAGCCAGUCUCUGGCCUACGCUAUCAGCAAGUUCAUCAGCGGCGUGCUCUCAGACCAGAUCAGCGCACGCUGGCUCUUCUCAAUUGGCCUCUUCAUGGUGGGAGGCAUCAAUGUUGUCUUCUCCUGGUCAUCCACCGUGGCUGUCUUCUCUGCACUGUGGUUCCUCAACGGCCUGGGUCAGGGCCUGGGAUGGCCGCCCUGUGGACGGGUGCUGCGUAAGUGGUUUGAGCCCUCUCAGUUCGGAACAUGGUGGUCCGUCCUUUCCUGCAGCAUGAAUCUGGCAGGCAGCUUGGGCCCCAUCAUCGCCACCGUGCUGGUCCAGACAUACAGCUGGAGGACCAUCCUGUCCAUGUCUGGGCUCAUCUGUGCGGGCGUCUCCUUUGUGUGCCUGCUGGUCAUCAAGAACGAGCCCAAAGACGUGGGGCUGCCUAAUGUAGAAGUGGCCUCCAAGAAGAGCAAAGGAGACUCAUCCAGCGAUGAGAGCACACUGUUGGAGUUCCUGCUCUCUCCUUACUUGUGGCUGCUGUCCCUGUCGUAUCUUGUGGUGUUUGGGGUGAAGACAGCCUGCACUGACUGGGCACAGCUGUUUCUCAUUCAGGACAAGGGACAGUCUACACUCAUGGGUAGCUCAUACAUGAGCGCUCUGGAGGUGGGAGGUUUGCUCGGCAGUCUGGCAGCAGGUUACCUCUCUGACAAAGCUGUGGCCAAACAAGGCAUGAGAACCUACGGAAAUCCUCGCCAUUUUGUCCUGAUCCUCAUGAUGGCGGGGAUGUUUGCGUCCAUGUAUCUGUUCAGAAUCACCAUCACUCCAGAUAGCCCAAAGGUGUGGAUCCUCAGCUUGGGUGCUGUUUUUGGUUUCUUCUCCUACGGGCCAAUCUCCUUAUUUGGGGUCAUCGCCAAUGAGAGCGCUCCGUCCAACUACUGUGGGACAUCACAUGCUAUUGUAGCCCUCAUGGCAAACAUCGGCGGCUUCCUCUCCGGCCUUCCGUUCAGCACCAUCGCCAAGCAUCACGGCUGGGAAACAGCCUUCUGGGUGGCAGAAAUGUUGUGCGGCGUCACUGCCGUCACCUUCUUCCUGCUGCGUAACGUUCGAACCAAGAUGGGUCACAUGUCCAAGAAGUCCGACUGAGACUUGCCAGAAGAUAAAUAUGUGAUGCCUUCAUUGUAUUAUGUUUUUAACUAAUAGUUUUGUAUGCACCACAGUAGUAUUUACAAUGUGUAAAAAGGAAGUUGAUACAAACGUGUUGGACAGUAAUUUAACUAGGAGUGCAGAUACACUACUCAACAAGUGUUUCCUCUAGUGUUAUCAUGACAACAUAAACUUUUUUUAUAAACACAAUCCAAAACUCGAAUGUA